AUAAUUCUACAAUCUACUGGCAGAGUGAGCAAAGCAGAGCCCUUCUUCUUUACACGGAGGGAAAAAGAGAGAGGGAGACCGAGUUCCAUUUCAAUGGCAGUUUCUUCCAUGUCUUCAAUCCUAAUUCCUUCACUUCCUCUCUCCAAUUCUUCUGCAUUUCCGACUUCCAAGCCAAAGCUUUCUUCUUUCGCUUUGCCCUCGGCCAACAAUGCCUUAAAGCUCAGAGCUUCAAGACCCUCACAGUCAUCCACUAGGGUUUUUGCCGCUCCUGAAGUCUUGGAGUCCCAGGAAACCCUAAUCCCACCUCCAGAAACCCUCGAGGUUGGAAGUUCUGAGACCCCGAGUACUUCAUCACUCAGUAUUGGUGGAGAUGGAGAUAAGGCCUCACCCAAGCAGAAAAUCAGGAUUAAACUGAGGUCUUACUUUGUGCCAUUGAUAGAAGAUUCCUGCAAGCAGAUAAUGGAUGCUGCUAGGAACACGAAUGCGAAAACAAUGGGUCCUGUACCCUUGCCAACUAAAAAGCGAAUCUACUGUGUUCUCAAAUCUCCCCAUGUCCACAAGGAUGCAAGGUUCCAUUUUGAGAUUCGUACCCACCAACGCCUCAUUGAUAUUCUAUACCCAACUGCACAAACAAUAGAUUCCUUAAUGCAACUUGACCUUCCUGCUGGAGUUGAUGUGGAGGUCAAACUGUGAAGAAGCAGGGCAGCAGCUUAGGUAUUUUUAUUUAUCAGCUUCUGAAGGUGUUGAAUUUCUUCGAAGAACAUGUGAAAGAGAAUACAAAGGUUCACGUUCAUUUUGUAGAGGGUGAAUGACUGCAGGAUUACGUUUAUCGAAUGCAUUUUGACCCUUUCCAGAAAUUCAUUUCUUUUGUGUAUGUUGUAAGCAAUUGUAAGCAAUUUCUGCCCUUGGAUCUCAAGUUGAAGAAUAGAGAUAAAGAGUUCCUCUUUUGACAUUAUUUUAUAUCGUUGUAGUUGCAUAUUACUUUUCUCUUUGAGGUAGUCAUGUUAGAAUUGUAUCAACUUCCUAAACAUGCAAUGUCAUUACCAUAUUAGUUC